GGUGACCGUGUGUUAUAUCAAAAUCUCUGUGAUAUUUAAAGAAAGUAUUCCACAGGCGCCGGGGCCCGCAUCAUGGUUAAAAUAUCAGUCCUCCAGCAUGCCCCCUCUGCGCACCUUCCCGCACGUCUGGGAGACCCCACACCGACCCAGCGCAACCUAGACCCCAAUAUGCACCCGUUCUCGCGCGCGCGCGAGCGGACGCGUGCGCUGAACGCUGCGAAGAUGGAACGCAUGUUCGCGAAGCCGUUCAUUGCCAGUCUGGAGGGCCACAUGGAUGCGGUCGAGGUGAUGGUGCGGAAGCCUGACUCAGUGACAGACGUGGCGAGUGGGAGCUGGGAUGGAGAGAUCAUACUGUACAACUUGGCGCGGAGGACGCGGUUGGCCAAAUUUCCCGGGGCACAUAAGGGGAAGGUGUCUGGAUUGUGCUUUGCUGACCAGACGAGAAUACUGAGUUGCGGCAUUGACCACAACAUAAAAAUGUGGGACAUAAGACCGUCAGGGGAUGACUUGACGGGGGCAGGGCCAUCGGAGCCAAAACCCUUGCAUGUCUACCCAGGAAAAACAUUAUUCAAUUCAAUAGAUCAUCACCGUAACGAUCCUCUGUUUGCGACCGCGUCCAACAUCGUACAAAUAUGGGACGAAACCAAGAGCGCUCCCAUCUCGAAUCUCACUUUCCCCACAUCCACCGAGACCAUCACGAGCGUCCGCUUCAAUGCCGCUGAACCAUCCGUUCUAGCUAGCAUAGGCUCGGAUCGGACAUUUACCCUGUACGACAUUCGGACAGGAAAAGCAGAGCGCAGACUCGUCAUGCAGAUGCGAAACAAUUCGCUAGCUUGGUCACCGACAUUUCCUACGUCUGUGCUUCUGGCCUCAGAGGACCACAAUCUCUACACCUUCGACAUUCGGUCAAUGGAAACGCCAACGCAAAUAUACAAGGCCCAUGUGGCGGCAGUUAUGAGUUGCGAUUGGAGUCCGACAGGGCAAGAAUUUGUUAGUGGAGGAUGGGAUCGGACAGUGCGAAUUUGGAAGGAGGGACAUGGUUCCGCUCCUGAGGUAUAUCAUACCAAACGCAUGCAAAGAGUGCUGUCGACGGUGUUCACCGCAGAUGCGCGUUUCGUGCUGUCUGGUUCUGACGACGGCAACGUUCGCGUCUGGAAAUCCAAUGCGUCCGAGAAACUCGGCAUCAUCACCGCGAGAGAACGUGCAGCGAUCGAAUAUCGCGACACCCUCAAAGAGCGAUGGAAGAUGGACACGCAGAUCGGAAAAGUGCAGCGAAGCCGGCACAUCCCGAAGCCGGUGUACAAGGCUGCGGCCCUCAAGCGUACGAUGCUGGAGGCUCAGCGUGUCAAGGAGGAGCGCAGGCGAAAGCACACGCGGGCAGGGGACAACAAGCCAAAGGCAGAGAGAAAGAAGGUUGUCAUUGCGGAGCAGACAUGAGCUUGCCUGCGUGCGUUAUACUUUCUGUCCGCGCCUGCCUACAUUACCCAUCGAGGCGGGAAACUGCCUGUAUACUCUAUCCGAGGACAAUCAAGAGGGCGAGGAGCAAGUACACUGCAUAAACUCGUCCCAGCGUGCAGAUGGUACGCGAAUCAACAAGGGAAUAUAUAUUCAAACACUAUGGAUAAACGCGUUCGACAGGCAUGCCGCUGCUAGCUGCUCACUCGCCAGCUCAAUGUCGUCCUUGAAAGAGCCAUCAGGUUUGCUAGAUAGGGCAUUCCAAUCACCGAUACAUCCGUUUCGACAUUGCCAAUGCAGGAGACUUGAGUUCCACGAACG